CUUCAUCGCAGUCGCUUGUGGAUCUCCGAACGGAUCGGAACGAAGUCAAAUCUUUGGCCGGAGCAAAACCUCCGGAUCGUCGCGUCGGUCGCCUACCGUGUGUGUGGGUGAGAGUGAGAGAGAGCGAGCGAGCAGUGAAGGAAGGAAAAAAAACGGGAGUGUUCCACUCACACACAACCAGCCACAGUGAAGAAGCCAUUUUUCAUUCGCUGCAGUGGCCUCGAAAAAAUCGUCGACGACGUCGGGCAACGGGACGGUUCCGGAACGGUGUUUUUUCUGGUCAACUCGGUGCGUCGGACGGAGCAAGAUGCUGGUUUGAGAGCACCGGCGGAAGAGUUUAAAUUCUGUGAAUUUCAGUUUGCGUGUGUGUUUUUGUGUGUGCGUGUUUUUCCGGAAAUUCCGGACUGCGUGAAAAGGUGUUUCCCGUGACCUGGACCGCGACGACGAAGGGAAGGUGGUGCAGAGCGGCGCAGUGAAAAAAUUAGAUCGAUAUUUUCCUCCAUUAUUGUGACGGCAGCAGCGCCCCGAGUGGCCAAUUUUCUCUUGGAUUUUCCUUCGCCGCAGAAGAAAGUGCCGUGGCCACCGCGGCCAAAAAACGGCCAGCCCCGCAAGAAGAAAGGCACCGAUCGAAAUUAUCAUGAAAGCCACGAGAGCGUGAAAAUUUAGUUUUCGUUUUGUCCAGCGGGGAAAGUUUCGGUCCAAGUUCCGGUCACCGGGUUCGCUUCCGUCGGAACAUUUUCGUCGGGAGGCUCGCGUCGGUUCCCCCAAAAUCCCCCCACCCGUGUCGCGUUAGGCCGUAACAAACGGAACUUUUCGCAGUCGGCCACGGCAGACUUGGCCCCACGGUUUUCCCCUUUUCGUUUCUGCUUCUUUUCUCCACACACGCAAGAAAGAGGCAGGAGAGGGCCCCACUGCGAGAGUGGCCACAUCGUCGUAGUCGUCGCGAGAGAGACUGAGAGCGAUUCUUUCUUUUUCUUCGCCGACGGAACUCGCAGCAGUCGAAAAUGUCGGCCGACCGGGAGAUUCCGGCCGAGGAUAGCAUCAAGGUGGUGUGCCGAUUCCGGCCGCUCAACGACAGUGAGGAGCGCGCCGGGUCCAAGUUUGUGGUCAAGUUCCCGUCCGGCCAGGAGGAGAACUGCCUGUCGAUUGGGGGCAAAGUAUACCUGUUUGACAAAGUGUUCAAACCGAACGCGACACAGGAAAAGGUGUACAAUGAGGCGGCCAAAUCGAUCGUCAGCGACGUGCUGGCCGGGUACAACGGCACGAUCUUCGCCUAUGGUCAGACCUCGUCCGGUAAGACGCACACGAUGGAGGGCGUGAUCGGCGACCCGGGCAAGCAGGGCAUCAUCCCGCGCAUCGUCAACGACAUCUUCAACCACAUCUACAGCAUGGAGGUGAACCUGGAGUUCCACAUCAAGGUGUCGUACUACGAGAUCUACAUGGACAAGAUCCGGGAUCUGCUGGACGUGUCCAAGGUGAACCUGAGCGUGCACGAGGACAAGAACCGGGUGCCGUACGUGAAGGGUGCGACGGAGCGGUUCGUGUCGAGCCCGGAGGACGUGUUCGAGGUGAUCGAGGAGGGCAAAUCGAACCGGCACAUUGCCGUGACCAACAUGAACGAGCACUCGUCGCGAUCGCACUCGGUCUUUCUGAUCAACGUCAAGCAGGAGAACCUCGAGAACCAGAAGAAGCUUUCGGGCAAGUUGUACCUGGUCGAUUUGGCGGGUUCGGAGAAGGUGUCAAAAACGGGGGCUGAGGGAACGGUGCUGGACGAGGCGAAGAACAUCAACAAGUCGCUGUCGGCGCUCGGAAAUGUGAUUUCGGCGCUGGCCGACGGCAACAAAACCCACAUCCCGUACCGUGACUCGAAGCUGACGCGUAUCCUGCAGGAGUCGCUCGGUGGCAAUGCACGCACCACGAUCGUCAUCUGCUGCUCGCCGGCCAGCUUCAACGAGGCGGAAACCAAGUCCACGCUCGACUUUGGACGACGCGCCAAGACGGUCAAGAACGUGGUCUGCGUGAACGAGGAGUUGACGGCGGAAGAGUGGAAGCGUCGGUACGAGCGGGAAAAGGAAAAGAAUGGCCGGCUCAAGGGUAAGGUGGAGAAGCUGGAGGCGGAACUGGCGAGAUGGCGCGCCGGUGAGACGGUCAACGAGGAGGAGCAGCUCGACCUGCAGGACGUGAUGGAGGCUAGCACACCGAACGUGGAGGUUCUGUUGGAGAAACCGGUGGUGGAUCUGCCGGUGCCGGCCACUCCGAGUGGACUGACGAUGGUCGGAUCGAUCAGCGCCGACGAGCGGACCGCGCUGGAGCAGGAACGUGAGCGACUGUACCAGCAGCUGGACGACAAGGACGAGGAGAUCAACCAGCAGUCGCAGUACGUGGAGAAGCUGAAGGAGCAGAUCAUGGACCAGGAGGAGCUGAUUGCGAACACGAGGCGAGACUACGAGAACCUGCAGGCGGAGAUGACGAGGAUUCAGCAGGAGAACGAAAGCGCCAAGGAGGAGGUCAAGGAGGUGCUACAGGCGCUGGAGGAACUUGCCGUCAACUACGACCAGAAGUCGCAGGAGAUUGAGUCCAAGAACAAGGAGAUUGACUCGGUCAACGAUGAGCUGCUGCAGAAGCAGGCCUCGCUGAACAGUGCCCAGUCGGAGCUGCAGCAGCUGAAGGACAUGUCGGCACACCAGAAGAAGCGAAUCAACGAGAUGUUGAGCAAUCUGCUGCGGGACUUGUCCGAGGUUGGCCAAGCGCUGGCCGCCGACCAGAACGAGAUGAAGCUGAACGUGGAGGCUUCCGCGGGCAAACUGGAGGAGGAAUUCACCGUGGCCCGGUUGUACAUCAGCAAGAUGAAGUCCGAGGCGAAGAACGUCUCGCAACGGUGCUCGAACCUGGAGAAUCUCCAGCAGGAGGCCAACCGAAAGGUCGGCGAGUACGAGAAGGACCUCAGCGAGUGCCGACUGCUGAUCUCCCAGCACGAAGCCCGCAUGAAGUCCCUGCAGGAGUCGAUGCGCGAAGCCGAGAACAAGAAGCGCACCCUCGAGGAGAACGUGGACGCCCUGCGGGAAGAAUGCGCCAAGCUCAAAGCCGCCGAGCAGGUCUCCGCCGUCAACGCCGAAGAGAAGCAAAAGGCUGACCAGCUGAAGGCCGCCUUCGAGAACCAGAUGGACCAACUGCGGGACGCCCACACGAAGCAGGUGUCGGCGCUUCGUGAUGAGAUUUCCGAGAAACAGGAAUUCAUCAACGAACUGAAGGACACCAACCAGAAGCUGUCGCUCGCCCACCAGCAGAUGACCGCCGACUACGAGAAGCUGCGCCAGGAGGAGGCGGAAAAGUCCGCCAAACUGCAGGAGCUUAUGCUCACAAACGAGCGACGAGAGCAGGCUCGUAAGGAUCUCAAGGGACUCGAGGACACCGUGGCCAAGGAGCUGCACACGCUGCACGCCCUCCGGAAGCUGUUUGUGCAGGAUCUGCAGGCCCGCAUCAAAAAGUCCAUCAACUCGGAGGAGACGGAAGACGACGGCGGUUCGCUGGCCCAGAAGCAGAAGAUCUCGUUCCUCGAGAACAACCUGGAGCAGCUGACGAAGGUGCACAAGCAGCUGGUGCGGGACAACGCCGAUCUGCGGUGCGAGCUGCCCAAGCUGGAGAAGCGCCUCCGGACGACGAUGGAGCGCGUGAAGGCGCUGGAGACGGCCCUGAAGGAGGCGAAGGAGGGCGCGAUGCGGGACCGCAAGCGUUACCAGUACGAGGUGGACCGCAUCAAGGAGGCGGUCCGGCAGAAGAAUCUCGCCCGCCGCGGACCGCAGGCGCAAAUUGCAAAACCCAUCCGUGCUGGCCAGGGACACAUCCUGUUCAAGACGGCCGGUGCCGCUAGCUCACCGGUGACACCAAAGGCGAUCACGGACGAGAAGAGGAAGUCGCUAGUGAAAGAUUCCGAGAGUUGAAUUGACUAAGUGACACGCAACGCAGAGGUCGCCGCCGCUUAGCAACGAGCAACUCUGAAAAAAAUUGCUACCGUUUAAGCACUAAAUUUUCCACGCUGCAAUUAUAUAUAAAGCAUAGAUAUAUAAACACACUUACACGCAGAACACAACACACCAGCUAGGAAUGAUUGAAAUCGCAGAACAAUUCUGGACUAUGAGGACAAAGCGACAAAAAAAAAACGCUAAUAAUUGUGCAACAAACGAAAUUUUACCCGCUAUGAGAGGCAAACAAAUUUACUAAAAUUGGAGAACAAUAGAAAAACUAAAUCAAACAAAUUUAAUCAUAGAUGUUAAGCACCAAACAAGAAAAAAAAACUAAUAUAUUGAGAGAAAACAACAAACAAUAGUGCACACACACACAGCGCGAGCGCGUUUAAAAAUUCUAUAUUUUUGGCUUUGCAGCAGCUGCAGCAGAAUGCAUGCGAGAGAGCGAGAGAGAAAGAGAGAGGAUUGCGCGCGUACACGCUAAACAAAAUGAUGGUGUCUUUAAAUUAUAACACUACACGCAGAAAGUGCGGCUUAGCGCGAUUCAAUGUGCAACACACACACUCACAAUAGACGAACACUUACGAAGGUAGAAUAACAGAUUAACACAAACAAUUUUGGCGAAAAAAAAAAAUGAAACAGUUACAAACCCGGCUAGGCGUGAUCAAUGA